AUGAGUCAUUCUAAUAGUCGUGGGCGUUCAUCAAUUCACGAUCUACCUCCGAAAAUGGCACAUAAGAGCAGCUUGCCUCCAAAAGUUUCCGCUAAACAAGCGCAGCAAUAUUAUUACAAUCCUUACACCAAUCAAAAUUCGUAUGGCUCUCAAGCAGGCUAUCAGCCAGGUUCACAGAUUGCAUACCAGCAAGAUCAAGCAUACCAAUCAUUUGUUCCAAAAGGACGUUCAGGAAACAAUUUACAAAAUAAACCUCAACAAGAUAAAGAUUCCAUGAUUGGCUCAAAUAACAAAAGGUCAACUAAUGGAUCCACACAAUACAAACAAAACAGUAAAGAAACUACAAAAGAAAACAGGCUUUUCUAA